AUGGAUCAAACUUUUUCCUGUAGUCAUUGUAAAAGAAAGGUGAUCGGAUAUACAAAAAAAUUAUGCAGAACUAAUUUACUCCCCAGUAAAUCAUCAUCAAGCGGGAACGAAAAUAUUGAUGAAUUUAUCAAAUAUACAAAGUCUAACAAAAAGCAUUGCGACGAUUUUAUUGAGUGGAUACCCUAUUCUGAUAUUGAAAUAAAUAAUGAUCCAAUCGUAAAAGGGGGUUUUUCAAAAAUAUUUAUUGGCAAAUGGCAUCCAAUAAAACAAGAUUACGGUGUUGUCGAUGAUAAGGAGUUAAUAAAUAUUGCCCUUAAAGUUUUGAAUGGAUCUAAAAAUUUAGGACCAACAUUUCUUAAUGAAUUUAAAAUACAUUACCAAUGCCUUGGAACAUGUGCUAUACCUUUUUAUGGUUUAACAAUGCAUCCAGAAAUCGAUGAUUAUGCGAUGAUUAUGAAACACGCGAUUCACGGUGAUCUCUGGUAA